AUGGCUCCCAUCGCUGUGCACUUUGGCGGCGGCAACAUUGGUCGUGGCUUCAUUGCCGAGCUCCUCCACGAGUCUGGUUAUGAGGUCGUCUUUGUCGAUGUUGUCGAUGAUCUCGUCAACAACAUUAACAACACCAAGUCGUACAAGAUCACCGAAGUUGGUGCUGAGGGCACUAAGACCAAGACCAUCACCAACUACCGUGCCAUCAACUCCAAGCACAACUUGCAAGAUGCCAUCGAUACCAUCAGCAAGGCCGCUAUCGUCACCUGUGCCGUUGGUCCUACCAUCCUCAAGUUCAUCGCUGAGCCCAUCUCCAAGGCCAUCAUCCAGCGUACUGAGGAGAAGCCUCUUGCUGUCAUUGCCUGCGAGAACAUGAUUAAUGCCACUGAUGCUCUGCGUGAGCACAUCAUUGCAAAGACUCCUAAACCCGACCAGGACAAGAUCACUUCCAAGGCCGAGUAUGGCAACUCAGCCAUCGACCGCAUCGUCCCCACUCAGCCCGCCGGUGCCAACCUCGAUGUCCUCAUCGAGUCCUUCUACGAGUGGUGCGUCCAGAGCACUGGCUUCAAAUCUGGUAUUCCCAAGGUCAACGGUAUCCACUGGGUCGAGGACCUCGAGCCGUUCAUCGAGCGCAAGCUCUUUACUGUCAACACCUCCCACGCUACUGCCGCCUACUUUGGCUACCAGAAAGGCAAGAAGACUAUCCACGAGGCUAUGGCCGACGAGGAUAUCAAGAACGAGGUCAACGAGGCUCUCAAGGAGACUGCUCACCUGAUUGUCAACAAGCACGGCAUCAGCAAGGAGGAACAGCAGAAAUACGUUGACACCAUUGUCAAGCGUAUCUCCAAUCCUCACCUUGAGGAUGUUCCUGUCCGCGUCGGUCGCGCCCCUCUCCGCAAGCUCGGCCGCAAGGAGCGAUUCAUUGGUCCUGCUGCUCAGCUCGCCGAGCAGGGCUACGACGUCAAGGCUCUCCUCGGUGGUGUCGAGAUGGCUCUUCGAUUCCAGAACGUCGAAGGUGACGACGAGUCUAAGGAGCUCGCCACCAUUCUCAAGGAAAACUCUGCUGAGGAUGCUACCACCAAGCUCACCGGCCUCGAGUCAUCUCACCCCUUGUACAGCAAGGUCCUCGAGCGCGUCAAGAAGGUUCAGGGCUAG